ACAACUUUCGCUGUUCCAAACAAGUUUCUGUUUAAUCGGUUGGUGCCACGACGAGCCGGAACGCUCAACAUUCCAGCGUUAUAUCUACAGGGCAAUGCCUUUGUUGCCAAAACUGGAAAGAAACUAAACGGAAAGAAUCGUUGAAACCACUUUCAACGUAGUGCAAAAAAGGCAUAUCGUGGUGCAAGAUCAGUGUCUAAAGUUUUCCAUCACAAUGAACGGACUUUCCUUGCGUAUAUCAAAUGUACGGGCGAAUGAAAAUAUUAAAAAGAACUCUGAAAUAAGAAUGGAUCUUUUCCAAGUGCCUUCUACGUUUCUGAAUGCAGAUAAUGCUUAUUUAAACCAAUUGAAUAAGUCAGCAUCAAUCGAGGAGCAAGUUAAAGUUCUUAAAGAGUAUUCUUCUUUCGUGGUCGGAUUGGAGGAUUCGUUUAAGAGUAAUGUGCAAACAUUAGCGAAUUUGUUCAUGGAAGCCCCACUUAAGCAUGCCGUACGCAAUACUAUAGCUCGUACUUUAAGCAAUUUGACUGCCAGUCGAGAAAUCGUAGCAACAAGUAUCGCCACCAGCAUCAAGGCACGCAUUCUACAGGACUCUAUCGGAUCGACUGACCCGGCGCAACGCAAUGCCACGAUAUGCAGUAUUGGUAGCUGCUUUGAAAACUUCAAACCAGGCUGCGAAGCUGUGCGGCUUAGUCUGCAACAGUUGUUUCAAUUUCUAAACAAAUCAGUCAUGGUUUAUUUAGAACGCAUGAAUGAGCAUGUUUCGCCAUCGGACAAGAGUGAGCUAUGUUUGUUCAUACACUCUGCGAUAAGGAUAGUGAUUUCAUGCUUUCAGCAGUUCCCUGAUCAGCUAAAAGCAUCCUAUGAGGGUGAGAAAAAUGUCGAAAAGUUGGUACUUAUUUGUUGGGAUCUUCUAGAGAAUCCUGAAAUACCGAUGGACACUAAAACCAACUGCGGGAUACUGAUAGCGAUGAAUGCCAACCUUGAACAGCGUUUCCUGCGGUUGGCCCAGCGUGUUUUUGCAGAGGACAGCUCAGCAAAGCAGAUGUGUCUGGUGAAUGGAAUUAUAUGCUCGAUAGAAAACGAACACUUUACCAGCCCCGACUGGAAAGGCAUCGAAGUGCUACAUCAGGCGGCAACAGUUCUUAAAGAAAUUUCCGAAGAAAAUUCAGUAGAAGUCAGCAUCGUGUUGGGUACUACACGAGGAUUUUAUCAAAUGACGAAACGUCUGCUUAGCCUGAAACUCGAAGGCUAUAAAACCUCCGAGCGCAAAGAAUUGAUUGAUAUCUUAGCCAUAAAUCUACGCUAUUCGCUAUCCCAUUUGGAUCACUAUGUGGAUAGUAUACGGCAUAUAUCGCGAGAUUUGCUUAAAUGCACCAUUCAACUUGGAACGCGACUGGAUGAUACGCUCAACGGCAUCAUUUAUGAUUAUAUUCGCAACGGAGCCAUAAAUAUUAAUACCAAAUGCGUACUAAUUGGAGCAUUAUCUUCGAUACUGAAAGCGAAGGAAGUACUACGUGCCAUCCCGGACGUGCCAGAGUUUCUGCUGGGGUCGCUGACCUGCAAUGAUCACGCAAACACGAACUUGCACAUUAACAAUUGCUACGAAUCGCUUAUGAUGUCCUAUCCAUACGAAGACAACAAGCAGGAAUGGUUUAACCGAUGGAUUCAUCCCAUUUUGAAGGAAAUUAUGAAUGGUCGUGAGAAUUCGGUUACCACCGACGAACCUGUCGAUGGUGGCGUCAAUGUAGUUCAGGGCGCUUCGGAAAGUCAAUCGGAAAUUGCGGCCUCGGAUGGCAGUGAUGGAAACGACAUAAAAGAUACCCUACACGACCUGAUUAGAAAGGCUAUUCGUGCGAACCCGGAAAUAGCAAUACGCAUGAUUGACAGUAAAGUUGGUGUAAGUUUCGGAUUGAUUCUAUCGUCCCUGGGAAUUGCCCGGAAGAGUGGUCUGUUUGACGCGGUCCAAUCUACCGAGAGUAUGUGGAAGAAUCUGCUUUCCUAUGCAGACAUCCGGCAGGCUAUGAUAUCGGCCGAUGAAUCGACGCGCAUGUCGGCCUUGUAUUUGAUAACGGAGUGUCACAAGAGUACGGAAAUUUUCACCCAGCAAGAUCUAGAGUGCAUCCUGUUCUUUCUCGAGACGAACAUCAAUGUACAGGCGGCUUCUCUUCGACAUAAGAUUACCUCAUGCAUGAAGAGUGCAUUGAAUAGACUUCGGUCAGGUUUUCUUAGCAUCAUCAAGAAGUCGGACAUCGAUGGAAAGAGUCAUUACUAUUACGGUUUUGUAAAGCGUCUUCAUGAGUUCUGUGUGGAUAGUCAAUUUUUAGGAGCAAAUUAUAGCCGGCGCGUGAUUUCUUUUCAAAUUCUAUUGCAGCUGUUACAAAUUUCUACCUAUAUAUUUCAUGACGACGAACAUACCAGCAUAUGGAAUGAACAGCAAGUUCGCAUGCUACUGACCGCAUUGAACGAUAGUUAUGAGUCCAACAAGCACAACUCACUCAAAGUGCUGUCCUUCUGUCCACAACAAUUUAUUGAACGUUUCAAUAAUGAGCUUAACUAUGAAGUUACACGAGCCCUUAUGGUGAGCCCACGACCGAACGAUUCGCUUUCGGCCGCAUACUAUCUGGAGUAUCUAUGCUUCGUUAACAAGACGAUCGAGGUGCCCAGGCUAGAGCGAGAACCAGCCGAUGCCAUCGUUUCGGAAAUCAAAGCUUACCGAUGCUUCUUAUGGUGCGAGGAAAUACUUAUGCAUGGCUUUCGUCUCGCUAGUAAUUCAUUAUUACGCGCAUCUCGCGAGAAUCCUAUGUUUGGGGCUUUGAUUUGCAUCCGUCAUUUGCUUAGUAAGUUGGAUUACAAGGAACUGUCCCGAGAAGAGAGCUGGAAGACAUCCAUCACUCGCCUAAUUGGUACAUGUGAUAGCAUAGCAAAGAUAGUUUCCGUUGUUACGAAGAACUCAUCACCGGAAGGUACAUUUUUAGAUGAGUUUCUGGAUGAUGGCGUAGAUAAAUCCGAAGAUAUCGAAAUGAGCGAGGAAGAAGAUAUGCCAAGUGAUGAAUCUACGAUGGUUGACGUGAUCAGUGCCACAGUAGACGAUACGAGCAAACUCGAAACGACACCGCAAAUGAUAUUGCUCUGCUCAUGGCGUACGAUAAAAGAAAUUUCAUUGAUAUUGGGUGACAUUGCUUCACGAUCACCAAUCACAGACGGAACGAGCAGUUCCGCUGCCGACGAUGGAGAGGGUCUCCUAACUUGCCAGCAGAUUUUGGGCAUUGGAAACCAGUUUAUCGAGUUACUCUCCGAAACGACACAUAGAGGAGCGUUUGAGCAAGCUUAUAUAGGAUUUUCCAAGAUUUGCCUUCGCCUCUGGGGCUCACCCCACGCCGAACUACACCAGCUGCCGAUGCGUUGGAUCAAGGAGCUCAUAAACGCCAUCACUGGCAACGGUCAAACGUCUGGGGAACCUGGUGGUGGUGAAAUUAGAAUCGAAAAGUUGUGCAUUACAAGGCGUAGUGCCGGAAUACCGUUCAUUAUUCAAGCGCUUAUAACCUCCGAGCUCCAGGUCAGUUCCACCAAGGGACUUCAGUUUUGCAUGAGAGCACUUCUCGAGCUCUGUCGUUCCACCAAUACUAGCAGCCAAACUAGGACUCAUUCGCUUAACAUACUACGUUCCUUGUUUCGAUCAACCGAUCUGGGCGAAACGGUUGGUGAAUUUAUCUCCGAAGGCAUUAUGGGAGCUAUCGACGGUUAUGAGGCAGAGUCUUGGUCGGAAAGAAAUUCGGCUACACUAUUGUUCUCUGCGCUAAUGGUACGCGUAUUUGGAGUGCAUCGUUCCAGAGAUACUGAAAAUCUUAACAUUCGUAAUAAAAUGACGGGAAGAAUAUUCUUUUUGAGAUAUCCUCUUCUUUACGAUUAUUUUGUACUGGAACUAGAGAAAGCCAGUAAAAUCAUCAUACAAGGAAGCCGAAGUAAAAAACUACAUCCACUCCUGUUGUUGCUCAGCCGAUUGUAUCCAUCAGCGCUAGAAGGCAGUGAAUCAAAUUUAAAGCUGUCGCGGUUCGUACCUCUAGUUUCCAUUUGUUCCGGGUGCGCCGAACUACAGACACGGUAUCUUGCAGCCAAAAUCAUCUCUAUCAUCGUAUCCCCGGAUCUGGUAUUUGAUAGAAUUUGCCUGCUGCUGGAAAGCUUAAACCGGUCUAACAAUCGCAACAUCAACCCUAACUCAAUACACGGGGCACUGCUGCAGAUACUUUACCUCGUCAAAACUAAAAAUACUGGCCUGGUGGUGGCAGCCACAUCUAGCGGGCAGUUGAACAACUGGAUAGAACUAUACACGGCGAUUUCAAAUUACCUAUUCGAAGUGAAGCCCAACUUUACGAUUUACUGCACUGUUUUGGAUAUUUUACUAGAAAUCCUGGCACGUUGCCAGCACAUCAUAAUUAGUGAGGACGACCAAUUCAUCGAUGAUCUGAGCAAUAUUGUAGACUAUCUAUUGAAUCUUGCCCAGCAUCGGAAGUAUCACGGUGAUCCGUUAGUGCAGCAGAAGAUAGUUCUGAUGAAAACGUUUAUGUAUUUGUACAGUGAUGAUGACACCGCCGGCAGAAGUACAGAGUGUUUUCUGUUGCGCAUUGAACCACAUGGCGAGAGCCGACAAUCUAUGGAGUACGUAGAAGCCAUGCUAAAUAUGGCACUGUUAGUGCUGGAUGUUGAUUACAUUGGAAAGCACUACGAAGACUACGAUAUCACCCCUGUGGAGGUGUUCUACUUUCGCAAUAUUUGCGAGCUUAAGCCUGACCGGUUACGUUGGCUGAAAACAGAGUUGCUUCGUUCGCAGGUGUUUCAUAGUUGCUUACAUCGUCUGAUAAAUUGUGAUGACGAUCAUACAUCGCCAGCACAACAACCAUACACGAUUCGAGUUAAAGCGUAUCUGGUACUUAGUUACAGUACCGUAGCUGUGAAUAACGCGCUGGUGAACGGAAAGAGUGGCCGGGAAGCAAUACAGACAAUCUUCAAAACAGCCAACAGCCAACCACACCAGCUGCGCGGUGCCAUGUUUCGGUGUCUAAAGCGUCUUUUACAGAACGAAACGAAAGGUUCUAGCGAGUUUACGAUGAAUAUUGACUUUUUACCAACCCUUGCGGCUGCCCACCAAUCACACCCCAUCAGGUUGACAGCUGUUGAAUGUUUGCAUAUUGUUGGACGGCGCGUCUUCGAUGGAAAAUCUGCCAACCAAUACAUAAGUUUUAGUUAUGCUCUAUUGGAUUUGCUCAAUGAUGAUGACUGCACAGUUCGCUCAAAAGCAUCACUGGUUGUGACUCAUUUGUAUCAAGCGAUCGAAAAAACUAAACAGAAACCACUUGUAGCAACAUAUGCACAAAGCGUAUAUUUACGAUUACUUACCAAAACGAUGGUUGCACACAAGAUAACUGUAAACCAAGUGAUAGCUGUCGUCAUUAUUGUGCUGGUUAUGAAGGAGCAAGAUAGAAAGGAUGAAUCUGUAAAUAUUGACGAAAUAACGGACAUCAAAGUAUUUGACAAAAAUGAAGUUAACAUAUACGGUGAGUUCGAGUUGCUUCGCGCGUACUGCAUAGCAGAGAUUCAACAUUUGAUUGCAACUUUCGAAGGAUAUGACAUCAACAGUAACGUGGAAAAAAUACAGAAACACGUAGACAAACAUCUAAAACAGCCGUACUGUAUUCGCGCGAUGCUUUUAUCCGCGGUUGCAACACCAUCGAAGAUGAUAGGUGUUGUUCUGUUAAAUAAAAACAUAUAAGAAAGCCGAUGUACAACAACUCUGACAUAUAGUAAAAAAUGAAAGGAUAUGUAAAAAAUAAAUCAGAUUUCAAUG